GAAACCCCGGUGGCUUCAUUGGCUCCUUGAUUUAGACCCCGCCCGGCUUUCUGCCCGCUUUGCUGCUGCUGGGCCAGGCGGCCCAGCCCCGCACGUCCCAGCGCCGCUCGCCGGGAGCCCGGGCCGCUGCUGCUAUUGUGUGGAUGCCGCGCGUGUCCUCUCUUCUCUUCCAGAGAUGGCUAACAGGGGCCCGAGCUAUGGCUUAAGCCGAGAGGUGCAGGAGAAGAUCGAGCAGAAGUACGACGCGGACCUGGAGAACAAGCUGGUGGACUGGAUCAUCCUGCAGUGCGCCGAGGACAUAGAGCACCCGCCCCCCGGCCGGGCCCAUUUUCAGAAAUGGUUAAUGGACGGGACGGUCCUGUGCAAGCUGAUAAACAGUUUAUACCCACCAGGACAGGAGCCCAUUCCCAAGAUCUCCGAGUCAAAGAUGGCUUUUAAGCAGAUGGAGCAAAUCUCCCAGUUCCUAAAAGCUGCAGAGACCUAUGGCGUCAGGACCACUGACAUUUUUCAGACGGUGGAUCUGUGGGAAGGGAAGGACAUGGCGGCCGUGCAGAGGACCCUGAUGGCUCUUGGCAGUGUUGCGGUCACCAAGGAUGAUGGCUGUUACAGGGGAGAGCCAUCCUGGUUUCACAGGAAAGCUCAGCAGAAUCGGAGAGGAUUUUCAGAGGAGCAGCUUCGCCAGGGACAGAACGUAAUCGGCCUGCAGAUGGGCAGCAACAAGGGGGCGUCGCAGGCAGGCAUGACCGGGUACGGGAUGCCCCGGCAGAUCAUGUAAGAUGGCCGCCUGCCGCUUCCCGGUGGAGAGGACGAACGUUCCACACACACCACGGUCUCUGUGAUAAAGAAAUAGUUAGUCACCUUCUGACCUCCUCCUCUUUCUCAAAGCCUCCCAGUUUCUGGUUUUUGCAAGUGCCGCAUUUCUGCUGAGAACCCGUGUUGCCUACUGCUGCCACCUUGUGUUCAUUUAGAACUAUGCAAAGACUCCGCCUCCUCUUCCUGAGCGCCUCCUUUGCCCAGAAGUCUCCUUUUGUCUGAUUAUUUAUUUAUUUAUUUGCCAAAAAAUGCCCCUCCUCAACUUAUUAGAACACACCUAAUAAACAAAUUAGUCUUGUGGCUUCAAA